GCGUACUCGCGUGACCGGUGCGUACGUUGCUCUCCCGACGCGGUGCGAGUAUUUAGUCCAAUGUUGAUGCUGUGCACCGGAAAAAAGUGUCUUUCCGUCUAGAAUCUGUGAAAAUGUCCCGACAGCGACGUGAGAUGGUCGAUUCGAAAUACCGCGAAAGGUGAUCGUUUGCGAAGGAAAAUUUUCACACGAAGAGUCAGCGGCAGGCAUCGCGGGAUAUAUCGUAGCUGGAUAUUAUGCUAAUCACGAUACAGUCAGAAUGCGGGAGGAAGAACUCGAAAUAUCACUCAAGGUGGUGAUAGUCGGCAACGGAGCUGUGGGCAAAUCGUCGAUGAUCCAAAGGUUUUGCAAGGGCACUUACACAAGGGACUACAAGAAAACGAUCGGCGUCGAUUUCUUGGAACGGGAGAUCGAGGUGGACGGCGAGGACGUAAGACUGAUGUUGUGGGAUACCGCCGGUCAGGAGGAAUUCGACGCAAUCACCGCUGCUUAUUAUCGCGGCGCCCAUGCCUGCGUCCUCGCUUAUUCAGCCACUGACAGGGAUUCCUUCGACGCCAUUCCUUCGUGGAAGCUGAAGGUGGAGAACGAGUGCGGCGAAAUUCCCACGGUUCUGGUACAAAACAAGAUGGACCUCGUUGAUCAGUGCGUCAUUGAUCCGGACGAGGCUGAGAGGCUCGGUCGUGCCUUGGGUUGCAAGCUCCUAAGGACCUCCGUGAAGGAGGACGUCGGUGUCAUGAGCGUCUUCCGGCACUUGGCGUCGCGAUGUCUUCACGAGAUGCGCCGCUGCGACGACGAUUAUCAGGAUGACCUGAGAUUGUACUCUACCGGUCCUAGAUCUCCCUCUGUAAUAAGUGCGUUUAGUCCGAACGGGUCUACGUGUGGUCGGAGUACGGGUAAUGGUACCAUCGUUUUGAGACCAGGAGCCAAGAUAAAGAAUCAUAAAAAACGGAAUUUCGUAAAGAACGCUUGUAGGCUACUUUAGUCUUUGCGUGGAUAGGUAUAUGAAAAAUAGUAAGCGAAUACCCUCUACCGUGUACAGACUGAUAUAUCCGUAUUUAUGAAGAUAUAAAUAACUACGAUAAGAUUCUUUCAAUGUCCAUUGACUGAUUCGGCACUUUAUCGUUCGAGAAGGGUCUUGUAAUACACGCUUUGAUAAACUUAUUAGAGAAAUUUCAUUUACGUAAUUCACUGCAAUUAAGCAACGCACAUAAACGAAUUAAAAACUAAAAAAUUUGUUAAUUGCUACUUGUACUUAAAUGUCUUCAAUCAAUAAAAGAUAAAGACUUGAACGAAGUACAAAAUAAAAAGAAAGAAUGUAACAA